AUGUCAACAGAUGUGGCUAGAGCCCACGGUGGAGACGCUAGCAGUGAUCCUCCGCCGGAUCCUACUAGGAUCCCGACUACAUGCAAGUCAGGAAUCCCAACUAAGAGAAAUGGUUGUGGCGCAGCUAUUGGAAAAGAUCUAGAUGAGAGGUGGCGUAAAAAUGGAAAACCACUGGAAGUAACGUUUUUCUCGCGAAUGCAAGGCCAUGAGGAUUUCUUAAAAUUUUUAGAUGGUAUCGAUCGAGAGAUGAAAGAUCGAUACCAUCAUAGGAAAACAAUAAGACACGAACACUUUGAGAAACACUAUAAUGGACCGGAGGAUUGGGACAAGGCGAACCCGAAUUUUAUUGAGUCAUGGAAGGAAUAUCAAUGGAAGAAAUCAACAAAUGAUUUCGUGAACGACGAUGCUCGCAAAGAUGAUGAUAAACUAAAGGCUGAUUUUGAGUUACAAACUCAGCAAACAUCCAUUGGUGCUUCCAAUAAUGAUGGUUCGACAACAGUUGAUCAGGUGGAGGUACUACAAAAAGUAUUGGGCCAAAGGCGUGGACAUGAGCGGGGAGUGGGCCGCAAAUUGAAGGGGUCGGAUGCCACCUAUGCUGAUAGCGAAAAUAUUUCUGGAGCUUCGUCUUCUCAACCUCCAGCUCCAACCCAUCCUUUCAUGUACGGGGCAACGCCGUCUCAACAUAUGGUACCUCCAUACAUGUAUGGAGCAACACCUUAUCCGUGGCCAUUCCACCGUCAUCGCAGUUGUCGUAUCCCUACAUGUUGUAGUUGCUUUCCUGUAACUCUUGAUCGUUCUCGUAAAAACAGUUUCAAAUCAUCUAAGUCAUCUAAGUCCUCCUCUAACAAUGGUUCGUCUAAGUUGCAUUCUGAUAGUGGAGGAAAAGAGAUGAAAACCAAAGAAAGUUCAGUGGUGGCUUGUUUUGGUGAGAUGUUGAUUGAUUUCGUGCCAACGGUCUCUGGAGUUUCUCUUGCAGAAGCAGAGGCUUUCAAGAAAGCUCCUGGUGGAGCUCCUGCUAAUGUUGCUGUUGGGAUAUCCAGACUUGAAGGCUCAUCAGCUUUCAUCGGAAAGGUUGGUGAUGAUGAAUUCGGACACAUGCUGUCUAAUAUUUUGAAAGACAACAAUGUGGACAAUUCAGGCAUAGUUUUUGACCCAAAUGCCAGGACUGCAUUGGCAUUUGUUACGCUGACUCAUGAUGGUGAGCGCGAGUUCUUGUUUUUCAGGAAUCCCAGUGCUGAUAUGCUUCUCACCGAAGCAGAACUCAAUGCAAAUUUAAUCAAAAAGGCAGGUAUAUUUCACUAUGGAUCAAUAAGUUUGAUCGACGAGCCCUGUAGAUCAGCUCACUAUGCUGCUAUGGAAAUGGCUAGAACAUCAGGUUGCCUCCUCUCUUAUGACCCAAAUUUGAGAUUACCACUCUGGCCAUCUGCAGAGUCUGCUAGACAAGGCAUUAUGAGCAUUUGGGACAAAGCUGACAUUAUUAAGAUUAAUAAGGAAGAAAUUACAUUCUUGACUGAAGGUGAUGAUCCUUGUGAUCAUACAGUGGUGAGGGAGAAACUAUUUCACCCCAAUCUUAAGCUUUUGAUUGUAACUGAAGGUACACAAGGGUGCAGAUAUUACACAAAGGAGUUUAAUGGUCAUGUUGCUGGAGUUAAAGUUACACCAGUUGAUACCACUGGUGCUGGUGAUGGUUUUGUUGCUGGGGUACUGAGCAUUAUGGCUUCUGACUUGAAUCUGUACAAGGAUGAAAAGAAGUUGAGGGAAGCUCUCCUGUUUGCGAAUGCCUGCGGUGCGCUGACUGUGACAGAGCGAGGAGCCAUACCUGCACUUCCCACAAAAGAGGCUGUCCUCCAAAUUCUGGAAAAAGUCAAUGCAUGUGAAGCUAUAUGA